ACGCCUAACUCCGAUCUUUAGUAAGUCGACGGCACGAGGAGGGUGCAGACCCCACGGGCCGCGAUGCGAGUUGACAGUUGGAGCUCGUAUAGCCCAACCGUACACCCAAGACCGUCGGGAAUACUUCGCAUAAGAACAGCUGCGGGAGGCCAGGUAUAAUAACUCGAUCUGCGGUCACGGGACGGUCUUGUUCGCGAAUCCUCCACGUCCACUUCUGGGAUGCCCUGGUGGAUCUCCUGAUUGAAAUGGCGUACAGGGCAUUGGCUCACCUUCUCGCCUUGGAUUGCUGUCGACGUCCUUUAGCGGUCAAUUUAUUUUACCCGCAUAUUCUCCCGGCGCGACUGGUCAGCCGCCAAGCUCCGUCCUGCCGUCGUCACGGUGCCCUAGGAAUGGGCGACCACGGCGUCCGCCCCCUUUAUAAAGUGACGUGCCCCGAAUUCCCCAGAGGGCAGGGCGAUACCGCUGAUGUCCUAAUUGAACCGGGAUGAGCAAGCACAUUUUGCGGCUGAAAACUCAACACAGCCUACCGAACCCAUACAGCUGGGAAGAACACCAUGUUACGCUCCACCGAGGAUGGUACCCGCUAUGAGUUGCUCACUCCGACGGCUCUGCCGAAGGCCGGCGGCUUCUUAUGGAACCAGAAGAUGAUGGUCCAGAUCACCUGCCGCGGGUACGCGACGGCGCAGUUCAUGCAACCAGAGCCGUCCAAGUACGCGCAUGCACCCAACCUCGAGGCCAAGACCUUCAUUCAGCCCGAGCAAGGCUACUACGCACACCACCCAGGCCGCUUCGUCUACGUCAAGGACGAAGAGACGGGUCAGGUCUUCUCGGCGCCGUACGAGCCGGUGCAGACCGCGCUCGAUAAGUUCGUUUUCUCCGUUGGCAAGAGCGAUAUCUCCUGGACCGUCGAGCACCUCGGUAUCCGUGUCGAGAUGAGCGUAACGCUCCCGAAGCAUGACGUUGUCGAGCUUUGGUCCGUCAAGGUGGCCAACCUAACCACGCGUCAGCGGAAGAUUGGCAUAUAUCCGUAUUUCCCCUUCGGUUACAUGUCGUGGAUGAACCAAGAAGCCGAAUGGCGAGAAGAUCUAAGCGGCGUGGUGGCCAGCAGCAUUACUCCUUACCAGAAAGCGGCGGACUAUUUCAAGAACAAGCUCCUCAAAGACAAGUCGUAUUUCCUGUGCGAAACACCGCCUGUAUCGUGGGAGGCCAUGCAGGAGGCAUUCGAAGGCGAGGGUGGUCUUCAUGCCCCCUCGGCGAUAGCCCAGUGGGAACUCAGUCGCGGUGACGCCAGAUACGAAACACCCGUCGCCGCCGUGCAGUAUCGCGAGGAGCUCAAGGCGAAUGAGCAACGCGAGUAUCGCUUCCUCUUUGGGCCGGCUUUUGACGACGCCGAGAUCCGGGCCGUCCGCAGCAAGUACCUCAGCAAAGAAGGCUUCGCGCGAACGGCACGAGAAUACGCCGAGUAUGUCGCGGAGGGGAGGGGGUGCCUGCGGAUCGAGACGCCGGAUAAAGAUGUGGACAAUUUCGUCAACAAUUGGCUGCCCCGCCAGUGCUACUACCACGGCGAUGUAAACCGCCUCACCACCGAUCCCCAGACACGCAACUACCUGCAAGACAACAUGGGUAUGUCGUAUAUCAAGCCAGAUGUUACGCGCAAGGCCCUGCUUACGGCGAUUUCCCAGCAGGAGAAGGACGGGGCGAUGCCGGACGGGAUCCUGCUGGCGGAGGGGGCGGAGCUAAAAUAUAUCAACCAGAUCCCGCAUACCGAUCAUUGCAUCUGGCUCCCCAUCACCCUCGAGGCGUACCUCUCCGAGACCAACGACUACGGCUUACUCCAGGAACAAGUACGCGGGAAGCACGGCGAUUCGUAUACUGUAUUUGAGCGUUUCAACCGUGCGAUGGACUGGUUGCUCUCGGCCCGGGACGAACGCGGUCUGAGUUACAUAGCGCAGGGCGACUGGUGCGAUCCUUUGAACAUGGUGGGCUAUAAGGGGAAGGGCGUAUCGGGCUGGCAGACCGUGGCCACAGGAUACGCAUUGAAGCUCUGGGCGCAUGUCUGCGAACACGAGGGCAAACCCGACCUGGCGGCGCAGUAUCGUGCGGGUGCCAAGAUAGUCAACGACGCAGCUAACACGCACCUGUGGGACGGGAGCUGGUUUGCGAGGGGUAUCACGGACGACAACGUGAUCUUCGGUGUCAAGACAGACUCCGAGGGCCGCAUCUGGUUGAACCCGCAGACGUGGUCGAUCUUGAGCGGUGCGGCGGGUCCAGAGCAGAUCGCGCGGAUGCUACCGGAGGUAGACGCGCAGAUGAGCACGCCGCAUGGAGUCGUCAUGUUCGCGCCGCCGUAUAGCGGGAUGCGCGAGGACGUGGGCCGCGUAACGCAGAAGUACCCGGGAUCGGCGGAAAAUGGCUCGGUGUAUAACCACGCGUCCGCCUUCUACGUACACAGCCUGUACUCGAUCGGCGAGGCGGACCGCGCUUACGAGGCUCUGCGGAAGAUGAUCCCCGGCCCGUCCAAGGAGGAUUACGUGCAGCGCGGCCAGUUACCCGUGUAUAUACCCAACUACUACCGUGGUGCACACCAGCGGUUCCCGCGUACCGCCGGCCGUUCUAGUCAAAUGUUCAACACUGGUACUGUCUCGUGGGUAUACCGCUGCUUCAUCGAGGGGCUGUGCGGUCUACGUGGUGAUUCCGACGCCCUAGUUGUCCAGCCGCAGCUGCCCUCGUCCUGGGACGGGAUCAAGGUGAGGCGCGAAUUCCGCGGCGCUACAUUCGUGGUAGAGGUCCGCCGCAGCGCAGAGACGAAAGAGGUGACGGUGACGCAUGAGGGCCGGGUCCUGCCAGGGAGACGCGUUACGAAUAUUCGACCAGGCGUGACAUAUGAACUGUCUGUAUCAGUGCCCAAAUCAUAGCCAUUUCCGUCCUGGGGGCUCGUUUGUCUGCUUCGAAGCUGUCGAAAAUAGGUGGUCCACAAUCGAAUUUUGGGCUGGGUUUAGAACAAAAGGAUC